UCCCAUUAAAUCAGAUCCAUUUAGUGCAGAAAAACUGUAACCGGCAUUCCCGAGAAUCCCUCUCUUGAGAAACUUGGCAUAUAAUUUUAUCUUCACCUUCGUGGCAUCGUAUCGUAUAUUCUUCCUCGCUACCUUUCCCUUCCAUCUGUGCGAUUCAUCUUCCCUUCUUCUUGGGUCGUCCUACGCUACCAUUCAGCGAAGUCGGUGCCAACUGCCAAACAAUUUCUUGAACCUGGUAGAGUUUACAGAGCUAAACUUGAAGGGGCUGAUAUAAUCAAUAGGCUGUUUGGGGAAGAUACAGACAUUCUCCGUGAUUUCGGAUACCGCUAUGAGAAUGCAAUACACACAUGCUUGAGUGAAGAAACUUAGGAAGAUUGGGUAUAUGUCUCAACUUGGAUGCGGUCGUUAGUGGGCUCAGGACUCCUUUUGCCUGAAGCUGAUAUUUUCUAAUAAGUACGACAGAAAUUUGGAAUCCUAAUGGAAGUUCGUCAUUCUUCCCGAACCACCUUUUGCUGUUUGCACACAAUUAGAUUGGACCGUUGUUGUGUUUUUACUUCUGACACAACCUUGGUUCUCCGGCAGGCUGACGCAGAUGGUAGCAGCAUCUGCUUUCGAAAUGGAAGACGUGAACUGAUCUGGAUGAAGUGAUAUGUCUCCAAAUACUAGGAGAUUAUAGUAGACAUUUAAAGCGCUUGUAUUCAGAAUGGGCUUGUGGACAUUCUUUGAAGGGUUUCUUCUCCUUGCGAAUGCACUUGCCAUACUGAAUGAAGAUAGGUUUCUUGCACCACGAGGAUGGAGGUUUUCAGGAUUUUCUGCAGCCAAACCAAAAUCACUGAAAUGGCAGCUUGUAGGUCUCAUCUACGCUACUCAAUACAUGAGGCUGCCUCUUACAGCUCUCAACGCUCUGAUGUCAUUGUAAUGCUUGUGUCUGGCUGAUUGGGUCAUUGAGGGAAACUCACUCUCAAAUUUGUCCCAGGUCAGGUAGACUUGGUAUGAUUGUGCACGGGCAUUUCAUCGACCAGCUAGAUUUAACGUGAUUCUACUGUUUUUGUCAUCCCCUUCUCCGUUCAGCUUGAUUGUUGGAGGUAUCAUCCUCUUCUUCUUCGACAGCAAUUUGGGAGAAAAUAUUCGUUGUUUGUUGGAAACACACAAACCAGGCUACUGUGCUAUUUUGUCUGAGGCGCUUGUAGUUUUAAAACGAGGUAUUGACUUGUCGUUGCUUGAUACUAUUGAGCAGCAAAAUCAAUGCCACGAAGCAAUUAUGGGCUUAGUUGUUUGACGCUCUCUCUUUCUUCCGAUUCUAUUGUAAG